CUUUUCCAUAUUAACAUUCGCAUGGAAUUGGAUAAAGUGGUGGAUCUUUUCCCGUUUGCCUGUUACCACAUUACAUAUUCACUAUCUUCCCAUGACCCAGGUAUCGUCAUUAUCGGCUUUAUUGGUCGUCUUGGGAGACGCAUUGGUGAUACAAAUGCAGAUGUAUGAAAAAAAAAAGCAUGUCAAAGCUUCGUUGGGUGCAGGUAAUCCAGCCUGCUAUUUGUUUAUUGUUUUUAUUUCUUUCUUUCAACCCAGAAUAUCGUCCAACCAAGCUUCGUCAUCGUUUUCGUUGACUGUGGGUGUUUUUGCAACGGGUUUCCCUGGUCGUUUCAAUGAGGGUUUUGCAGUGUUGGGCUUGGACGGGUUCCUUGAAGAUGAAGCUAACGUUGAUAUCGAAUCUGCAGAUGGCUGUACAGGUGAAUUGUCGAGUGCCAAGAGUUCAUCUAGAUCUGGAUAUCCGGGUCGAUCAGCGCUCAGACACUUAAUGGCUGCGGUUGGGUUUACCUUUUUCAUCAUUCUCUAUUUUGGCUAAAGCCGGGGGUAUCACGCGAUGAUUCGAUCCAUCGUUCCGUAAAUAGAUACCAUGCUGCGAUGGUGAUUCUUUGAUUUCGGUGACCAUGGGUGAUUUGAAUAGGACGUAACCCUUGGCGUUCUUUUGAAAGGCAGGCACAAUCGGUUUCUCAAGAAGAACGGGGACCUGGUUGAGAGCCGUAUCCACCUGGA